AUGCAGCCCGACUAUGGACUGAACUCACCUCAUUUCCCGAACCAAUCCCCGGUGAACCAGACACCAUACAACUACCAUUCUGCUCAAGCAUCGACUCACCAUUUGACACCACAGUACACCACGGGAGGGUACUAUCCGGCGAGCGUACCAUCGACCCAGCAAGCGCACGAUCCUCCAUGGGCAGCGGAGACACCAAGCACACCCACACGGCGCGGCCAAAAGCGUGUACGAGCGAGCGAAAAUACGGGCUACGAGAGUGAUGAUCUCGAAGCAGGCCCGGGUGUACGGUCUCCGCUGACCCCUUCGAAGCUGCGGGUGCAGCCUCCGCGGAAAAAGCAAAAGCGACGCACCAUGGAUGACAAGCUUGGAAUUGUCCUCGGGGCGAUGCUCGAUGAUGCUAAAUUGACGUUCCCUGAGUUCCUGGAGAACAUGUUCCAAAUCCAAGGCGAUCCGGCGGCUUCGCAGCAACUGAGGCGGGCACAAUGUGUCAGUCAGUUCCUACAGGGAAAAAGUGCGUUCACACCGGCAUUACUCAUUGAUAUCAUGUUUCGCCAUCCAUACGGGAAACAGAAGGACAUGCCGAAAGACGAUGGGAAGUGGUACUGCACCGAGGAGCCCUGGCAAGAGAUCAAGACAGUGCGCGAGGCUAUGAAGGCAUUCGCAGCACAGACGGUCCUAGAUCGCCUGUGCGGUGAAGCGGAGACAGCUGUCAGACCCGAGAAUGGUCUGCACGCAGUUCUGCCAAAACGAAGACGUACCUCGGGCUCUGGAGACCCCGAUGUGGCCGGGGCGUCGCAUGGGAUACAUGACAUUACCUGGGCGGAUGUUGGCGCGGCAACCGUCAGCAAUGUCAAAGAAAUAGUAAAGAAACAUCAACCACUCACAUGGAAAUAUGCGCUCGCACUUGCGGAGCGUCCAGAGCCCGCUGGCAAGCCUGAGGAUCUCACCGUCAGCCGUAAAUACCGCCCGGCGCAGGUGAUUUCACGGGUGAUUGGAUCCUUGUAG